AUAUCUAUUCAGUUGAAGUGAAGUGAAAUAAUGUUCACGCGUAUAAGCUCUACAGUUGUCUGCUGUUCAGCCAUAUUUACAAGACUUUAUAUAUUACCGUAAACAAAAAAAUAAUGCCUUAAAAAUGCUAUGAAACAAAAAAUGCAUGGAAUCUGUGUAUUUUUAAACGAAAGCACAAUUUUAUACAGUUGCAUUAAAAAUGAAUCUCUUCCAAUUGUUAAGUGGCUUCUGUUGUUUAUUUAUAGAAAUGUUUGAUUUUACGUUCUCUAAGAUUGAACCUCUUAUUAAAGAAUAAAUAAGACAAGUAAAUGACGUUUGUUGAUAGGGAAUGGAUUAAAACAUCACAUGGAAAAUUAGAGAUGGCUUUGUUGAGGAAAAGAUACACAAUACUGAAGUAUACAGUGUGUAGAAAGCCUAUUCAAAGGGUAGCUAAACGGACAAAAAGAUUAAUCUAUUAGUUUGCAAUUGCAAACAUUCUGCUCACAUGGGUUGUUCCGAUCUCCCUUGUGCAAAAUUAAAUAAAUAUUCUUGGGCGAGUUGCUCUUGCGAUACCAAAUCAUCAAAUAUGAGAUUUAAAAGCAACAGGAUUUCUGGGAAUAAUGAAGGAAAUGCAAAACAGGAAAAAGUAGAAAAUAAUAAUUCUACAUCAGAAAGUUCAACUGCUUUUUCUGCUACUAAGUCGUGGCCUUCAUUUCAAAUACCCUUGAAAAAGCAGUGGCAUAGGCGGCAAGCUUUUAUGGAAGAUUUCUCUUCAAAUUCAGAGAAAUCAAAUCCAUUUCUGGCUGCCUUAGAAAACUCAAAAACCGAAUCACUCUCAAGUUGUUUGAAAGAUCUUGACAAAUCCAGUGACACUUUCAUCAAAUCAAAUGAAUUUGUGGUACCAUCAUUUUCUUCGACCAGUUUGGGAUUGUUUCGACCUAAGCCGAAAGGUCUCGUGGACGGUCUCUCUCGGUUUUUCACUCCCACAAAUAAGCGGAAAUCGCGUGUAGCUAUUUCUUCCUUAGGUGAUUCUCUAACUUUAGAUGAUGAAAUACAAGUUAACCAUGCAGGUGGAAAUAGCUCCUCAAAUGUGAAACCCUGUGAGCAAACAGUCAAUAAAGAUCCUGGUUAUGCUGGAUUUUUGAUAAAUAAUGAUAAAUCCUUUUGUACCGAUUCCUCUUCAAAACCAACUCUAAACAAUGGUGUCCCGUCCAGCAUGCAGACAUUAUCCGCGCCUUCAUCCAGUCAAUCUGAGUCAUCUCCCUCAUUAGUCAAACCAAGUGGUAGUGGCCAGUUGAAGAAUUUGUUUGAUGGCUUGUCUCAUUUAUAUACAGCAUCAACAGAUUCAAGGAAGAGAGGGCUAAAAAACUCUGUACAUAGAUCUCCAAAACAACUCUGCAAGAAACUUCGUACCUGUGAAGAUAACUAUCUAUCUUGUGAUAGCAAUAGUACCGGUGAUACUUUGUUUAAAAAACAAAAAGAUUCUGAAAAGGAUGAUGACGAUAAAAAUUCAGAAGCAGAUUCUGAUGAUGACUCAUCGUCCGUUUCAAGUGACAGCUCUUUAAACUCUAAAAGACAAGAGCCAUGUAAAACAGAAGGCCCUUUUCUGUCAUUUGCUCAUGAUGAUAGUUUUUCUCAUAACUCAUUAGUGCCUGAAAACAGGAUAAGUGAUCAAUCUUCAUCUGCAGAAAAUAGGACCGAUCCAGGUUGUGGAAUUUCUGAUUCAACCUCAACAUCCCUAGACAUUGCAAGUUCUAAAUGUUUAAGAAUCAAUGUUACUGAAGAAGAUGAAGACUUAUUCAAAAAAGUGCAAGAAAUAGCUGAGCAAGUUAUUUGUCCCAGAGUUGGCUUAGCUCCGACGCCUAGAAGACCUUCAUUGUUACAAUUUGGGAAGUAUGAAAUAUCUGUAUUGUAUUCUUCACCUUAUCCAAAAGAUUACUUGAGGUUAUCAAAAUUAUACCUCUGUGAAUUUUGCCUAAGAUUCAUGAAAACUGUCAAAACAUUAGAAAGGCAUUUGUUGAAAUGCAAGUUAAGGCAUCCUCCAGCUGAUGAAAUAUACAGGAAAGGAGAUCUGAGUGUUUUUGAAGUUGAUGGGGGAUCUAACAAGACCUACUGCCAAAAUUUGUGCCUACUUGCAAAAUUGUUUUUAGAUCACAAAACAUUGUUUUAUGAUGUUGAACCUUUCUUAUUUUAUGUUCUGACUAAAAAUGAUAAGAAAGGUUGCCAUUUAGUUGGUUACUUUUCAAAGGAACGAUUUUGCCAACAAAGAUACAAUGUGUCUUGCAUAAUGGUAAUGCCUCAACAUCAAAGGCAGGGUUAUGGACGUUUUCUUAUUGACUUCAGUUAUCUGCUAUCAAAAACUGAAGGUAGGUGCGGUACGCCAGAGAAACCUUUGUCAACAGUAGGACGCAUUUGUUACACUUCUUACUGGGAAUCUUCUGUUUUGUCGCAUCUGAAUAAAGUUGAUCGACACAAAAAAAUUACAAUCAAAAGUAUAUGCAAGGCAACUGGUAUGACUUUUCUCGACGUUGUAUCUACUUUGACCCUUCUUGAUAUGGUUGAGAGGAAUGAAGCAGGAAAGUAUGUAGUAACAGUUGAUGAGGAUGUUUUAAAAUCAUACAUGUGUAAAAUUAAUAAGAAAAAGCCUCAAGAACUUAUUGUUGAUCCACAAUAUUUAGUAUGGGAACCAAGAAGGGUUGUUAAAAAUGAUAAUUGCAAGAAGUGUCGGAAAGAAACCUCUAAAGUCCGUGACAAAAAGAAACAGUACCUUAGUGAGCGUACAAAGACUAACAACAAAAUGGAAAAAGUUUUUGUGGGUGGACUUUGGUAUUCAAGAGAAAAAAUCAAAUGUGAAACUUGUUUACUAACUCAAGAAAGAGAGAGGCGGAAACUUCUGAAGCAUAAAAAUAAAAGAAAAUUGUCUGAUCUUGAUACACUUUUAAAUGAACCUAAAAGGAAAAAGAUUAAGCUAUCUAGCCUCCAUAGUUCUUUAUUAGAUUCAAGUGAUGAUUCAAUAGAUUAUUUAAAAUAUACAAGUGCAAAAAUUAAAAACUUAAAAAGAAAACUUUUACGUAAACAUAAAUUAAAGAUGCAGAAAAGGUAUCAGGAAAAACAAGAAACAGACAUUUUGAAAUAUGCUGUGCUGGGUGAACACAAGAGCUCAAAAAUAAAAGUUCAUGGAUUCCUUAAAAAAUCAAGUAAAUUAAAUAUUGAGUGCCAACGAAAAUUAAAACACAAAAGGAUCAAAAAGGAACGCUGUAAGAAAUUGAGGAAGAAGAAUAAAGGCAAAGGUUUUUCAGAAGAGGCUUCGAAAGACAAAAGGAAACACAAGGUUAAAAUGAAAAAGAAAGACGGGAAACCUAGUGAGAAAGAAGUAGAGAGAGAUGGCGUAAGAACACCGCCAGUUUUGCUUCCCGCUGUUUUAUCUGAUGACGAUGUAUCUUCCCGAGAGGUAAACUCUGCUUCUGAACACGAUCUCUCUCCUCCACCACUUCUACAGGCUCUUGUUAUGGAAUGCAUUGAGCAAAAAGCUGGAUCGCCGAUUAUAGAAGAACCAGAUGAUAAAGAUCUCUCUGAAGAUGCUACUACUGGAGAGAUUGAAAGUAUAUUACAUGUUCCACCUGAGACAAUAGCAAUAGAGGAAAUAAUGAGCAAAAAAGAGGAGGAGUUCAAAACACUUGAAGAGACUAUCGAUACUGCAAAUAAUAAAGAUCUUGAAGUUGAAGAAAUAGUAAGGUCUAGAUGUGAGGAAGAUAGUGCAAAUCCAAAUGAAAUUAUUUCUAGAACAGGUUCUGAAAGUCACGUGCCUAUUGAAGUAGAUGAAGAAAGCAGUAAAUUGAGUCUAAAUAAAGAUGUUACCCCACUUCUUGAAGAAACUAAAGGUUCUGAAGAAGAUAUUAUAUAUCAAGAAGAACCUUGUUUACAAGAACCUGAACAAGAAGAUAAAUCGAAUGAUAAUUUUAUUCCCGUCGAAGAUAACAAAGUGGAAUCUCUUGAAAUAGAAAGCGAAGAAAUGAAAAAUGAAAAGUUUCCCGAUGAUCUUGAUGCUGAUAUUGUGGAAAUUGCCUUUCAUCCCAGACAUGAAGAUCUGGGUAGAAACACUAUGCAAAUAUCUGAAUCCAUUAUGAAUGAUUCAGACAGAAUGCCUAUGCAACAUGAGCUUAAAAAUGAAGAAGAAGAUAACGAAGUUAGGGAAGCGGUUGAAAUAAUAAAUGAACAAAUGGAGCAUACAUCAACCAUCGACAUGCCUUUAACUCCACAAACACCAGAAUCCGAUCAUUCUAGGACCUACCAUCAUUUGAGUCCUUACAAUUCUCAAGAUGACUGCAAAGAAGAAUGUAUGCUUAGUUCAAAUGAAGUUCAAGAAAUCGAAGAGGUAAAUGUUGAUUGUCAAGUAAUGGAAGAUGUCAGUGAGAUGGAUGAGAGCAUUCAUGACUGUUCUUAUGCUGAUCAACACAAAAGUGAUGUUCAACAAUCUAACUCUGAUGCAUAUCGUCAGGAAAUGAUGGAACAGCCUGAAAUAAUUGUUGAACUCCCUCAACAAAUAUCUCAACCUCUAUCUCAGACAUCACAAUUGUCCAAUCCAUCAACUCCAGUUGGAACCAUAGUUUCUAAGCAUACACCGACUCCUCAGGAAAUGUCAAGCAUGGGAGUGUAUACACCUGACUCUUCAACUAAUAGCGGAUAUAAUUCUGUGGAAAUCGAUGUUUGCCAAUUGGGACUUGAGUCUCCUACAUCAGUUUGCAGUAGUGAAAUAACUGCGCAAAAUUCCGUAGAAACUCAUUCAUCCUCACCACAGUCCUAUCCAGACUGUGCUCAGUUAAAUAACAAUUCUUAUUGUGCCAAUGUUGAAGCAUGCUCUAAUCCCAGUAGGAGAGAAAUGAUUGCUGCUGCUGCAGCCGCACAGGCGGCUGUUGUUCAGGCGCAGGCACAGGCCCAUCACAAUAACACUUCUGGUCAUUGUAUAAAUACCUCAAACCGUAAAAGGCAGCAGCACUCCUCUGGGAUGACCCAAAGAAUGGCUAACAUUGCUCCCAAUGGACCAGUCUCCAGUUUGAUGCAGUCUAGCAUGGUGAGUGUUAAUGCUACUGCAGUCAAUGCGUUGUUUGUGGGUCCUGCACCUAACACAAAUAAUGGUUACAUGAAUGCCAUGAACAUGAGUGUACCUUGUAGCAAUGCUACAGCAGGUGGAGGUCCUGUUGCAGGAUCAUAUAUGGUUGGUGUUCCUGUAGCAACAGUUAUACAGCCACAAUCAGCAGCUGCAUUUGCUGCAGCCUCUAUGCAAAAUCAUCAUCAACUUCAACAGCCUUCACAGAAUUUCUCUGUGACUAAUCAUCCAUCUGGCACAAUUUCUGGUGCUAUGCAAAGAUUGACUCAUGUUGGUGUAUCCCCAAAUAUAGCUCCAAACUCUUGUUCUGUAUCAUCAGUCACACCUAAUUUUCACAUACAAUCUCCUAGCUACACCUAUACUCCUACGCCCACUCCCACACCUAAUACACCUUCACAAAUAGGCACUAGCUGCAGUCUUGCAAAACUUCAACAGUUGACAAAUGGAAUAAUGGAUAUUGUUCCCACCAAUCCCCCAUGUAAUACCAUGACUCCCCCUCCCAAUAUGACUCCCCCAUCCCCACAAGUAAAUAUGACACCACCUCCUCAAAUGCAGCGUUCUUUAACUCCUGCUAUGACUGGUCUCCAAUCUCAGCUUCCUAUGCAAUCUAGUUCUCAUAAUUAUAGUAAAUACCAUUUUCAUCAUCGCCAGAUGCAGAGAAACACAAAUGUUGCUCUUAGUCCUAACCUUGUAGCUAGUUACAAUACUAUAAAUGGGGUUAGUUAUCGAAUUCAGCAAGCUCCUUCUGCAGCUAUGUUAAAUACUGGUUAUAUUACUAAUGCUGGUUUCAUAAAUCAAGCACAACUACCACCUUCUGCAGCAGUACAGAUGGGCAUGGUCAAUGUAAAUAUGCAUGGUCAAACUCCAUACCAAGAAACUCUUCAACCUAGUAGACCACAAAAUGCAAUGUAUACUACCUACAGUUAUCACAUUAGUGGUAAUUUACAACCACAGUCUUUAAAUUCAGUCAUGCGACGGUAAACCUAUUUCCAAACUCUACAUUGUUUUUAUUGUAGAAGUUGAAACAAAAAUGUGAUUUUUAUGACUUGCCUACCUCAUGUGCUUUAAAAGAGGAUGCACAUUUAUCAGUCAAACAUUGUUAUUUUCUUUUUAUUAUUUUUGUUAAAUACAAAGUUUUGUUUAGAUCCCAUAAAAAAUAGUUUAUUCUGAAUUAAUUCUUUAU